AUGUCGAUUUCUUUAGAACAGUUGCGGUUAAUAUUACAGCACCAGCAGAAGAUGUUGGCCUUGCAACAACAGGUAUUUGAAACAGUUUUGGGCAGACUUUGCAUUCAAGCAGAAAACAAGAAAUCUAUUUAUCAUGCAGAUAAUGGUGCAGAAAUGGACAUUUCAGAAGCAUAUCCUGUGCAGGGUUCAAAUCCCUUUAUACCUGAAUCAGAACGUAAUAUUUGUAACGUGUCCGGCUCAGAACAAGAAAAUACUGUGCUGAAUGCUCAUGAAGUUGUGACAAUACCAGAUGAUCAGGAGCCAGACCCUGUAGAUGAAGCCCGGAGUCCAGAAUUGAAUGAAGCACUACUGGUCCUGUCUAGCUCUGAAAAUGAAUUUCAGCUAGAACAAAAUUAUGGUCCACGUGAUAUUAGCCGAGAAAGCUAUGGGGACUCGUAUUCAGAAAAUAACUGCAGUGACACGAUGAACCCAAUUAUACCGAAUGUUACUCAAAAUCAUUGUGAGACAGAAAUUUAUAUUGAAUCAGCUUAUCCGAUAUCUAAUGACAAGGUAGCAGAUAUGGGUUCUCAGAAUAAUGCAUGUAAUUUUGAUGAAAUUUUUUAUAA